CGCAGGGUCUUGUUGGCCAUGUCUCCAGCUGAACGGGUGAGGAGACAUGGAGUACUUCCAAUCCCCUUUUCUGGUCCAAAACAACUGAAUUUGUGCUUCUACGAGCCUUCACUGCCAUUGCAGAAUGGUACUCAUAUGACAGGUUGGGAGCUACAACAUUGUGCACAUUGCUUUGUUUAAAUUUUCCUAGAAAUGCUGGAAUAUACGCAGCAUUAUUGAGAUUGUUUCGGGUCGUCCCGGUACCGGACUCUAAUUCGCAAUUCCCUACCUUCGUCGACGUUACAUUUGCAUCCUACUUGUGGAGUCCACUGGCAUGCAUUCCACCUUGAGCCACCUUGCAUUUUUGUUAGGAAUCCCAUUUGGUGUCUGCUGAUAGAUAGACAGUCGCGACAUACGAACUGCCGUCAGCCUUGAAAUGCAGAGUUGGUGGGGGAACAACUGCUGAGCCCCGUCAUGUGUUACUCCCCAGGCAGAAGAGCUAGUUGGAGCCUCUCAGCCUUCUUUGGCAUUUGGCUUCGGUGUGCAAUUUCAGAAACGGUUAUUCAACCCUCCUUCCAGUUUGGGGUGUAUUCUUGGGCUUUGAGUUCGUUGCAAAAUCCCCUGAUGUUAUUUAUGACCAGUCUAUUUAUCGCGGACACGCUGCAUGGCGCGACAGCUAAGCGGUGUCUUCGACUCGACACAAGAUAUGCACAUACUCACCGUUCCGCGACCCCGAAACCGUCAGGCAACUAUGGGAGGGAUCUUACGGCCAGUGCACACCGUGUCGCACACUUAUUGGAUCGUAAUACACAAGGCGGCCUAUAAUAGUCACACAAUGGAGGUAGCGUAGGUCAGUAGACUGCGGCUGGCGCCUCAUUUGUUUCUGUGACAGGAUGUUGGCUUAUUACCAGACCAAUGAACCUGAAUAGCCGCAGGACCAGAGCUGCUCACCAUCCGUCGGUUUCAUGAGCCUCGUCUCUCCUUCAUUAUCGCAUGCCUAGCCCUGCUGCCUUCGUCUCGUCGUUUCCAAGGGCUAUAUCUACUGUAGCUGUUUGGGUGAUAUCUGCUCGUUCCUUUCUUUCAAACCUAUAAUUAUUGUUAUCUCUUUUUUCUAUCCCUUCAUAUCUGUCACAUUGGAACCCAAAUCAUGGCCACCUUCUCAGGACCAGACGUGGAGGACGUGCGAACAAUGAUAAGCCGAUGCCAUGGGGACUCGUCUGAAUCGGUCACACCUAAAGCUUCGACGACAACGACGACUAGAAAGUCAAAAAAGCAAGCACCGCAGGAAAUUAUUGACGAGUUUUGGACCAAAUUCAAUACGAAAACGCCGGGAAAAGCAACCACGAUCCUGCCGGCUGACUCGUACGCCAAGAAGGUCGGCGAGUCUGCUCCAAAAGGGACCAUAACGAGCCUAUCAUCCUCGGCAUCUUACGAAGAGGCCGUUCGAACAUGCAAGCUCAAGGUUGCCAAAAUUGUGAAGGAGUGCCGGCGGGCAAAUCAAAAAUACAGAGAUCCACAUUUCGAUAUCGAGUUUGACCUGAAAUGGGGCAAGCGUGACUGCCUUGAAACGUUGAAGACACCGAAUCGAGAGAAAUCAAUAUUCAGGCCAAAAAGUGUGAAGAGGGUAGGAGAUAUUUUUGAGAAUCCCCAAUUCUUCAUCAAUGGUCCUGAAGCCAAAGAUAUCAGACAGGGCCAAGAUGGCGAUUGCUGGUUAUUGGCUGGUCUAUGUACAUUGUCGAAUAAGAAGGGGUUGAUAGAAAGGGUUUGUGUGGCCCGAGAUGAAGCCGUUGGAGUGUAUGGAUUUGUAUUUUACAGAGACUCCGAGUGGAGAUCUGAGAUAAUCGACGAUAAGCUGUACUUGACUAAACCAGAUUAUGACGAAAGCAUUCUUGAAAGACUAUUGUGGGAAGACCGUGAGAGAGUGAGCUCGGAGGAUGAAUAUAAAAAGGUGUAUCAGACCAACUCAGGAGCGUUAUACUUCGCACAGUGUGAAGACCCGAACGAGACUUGGCUGCCGCUUCUGGAGAAAGCAUACGCGAAAGCACAUGGCGAUUUUGCAACUAUUGAUGGGGGAUAUACUGGUGAAGGUAUUGAAGAUCUAACUGGCGGCGUUACGAUGGAGCUCUUUUCAACAGAUAUCCUGGACAAGAAUGCAUUUUGGACGAAUGAGCUUCUUAGGGUCAACGAAGAGUUCCUAUUCGGCUGCUCCUCAUGCCUCUUUGCCGGCUGGGGGGAGCGUAAAGGUAUCAUCGAGGGCCACGCUUAUUCGAUUAUGCGAGCUGUUGAAAUGGAUGGCCAACGACUCUUACUUCUCAAGAACCCUUGGGGCAAAGGAGAAUGGACGGGGCCUUGGUCCGAUGGGAGCAAAGAAUGGACACCGGAAUGGAUGAUGAAGUUAAACCACAGGUUCGGUGACGACGGCGCGUUCUGGAUUAGCUACGAUGACUUUCUAAAGAAAUAUCAAACUUUUGAUCGGACAAGGCUGUUCACAGAUGACUGGAAAGUCACGCAUCAAUGGACGAGUCUGACGAUUCCAUGGUCGGUGGACUAUAACUCCACCAAAUUCGCAUUUACCAUUAAUAAGCCGGCGUCCGUCGUGGUCGUCCUAAACCAACUCGAUGGUCGCUAUUUCAGAGGCCUCGAGGGUCAGUACACCUUUGAACUCUCGUUUCGCAUCCACAAGGCUGGCGAAGAAGAUUAUAUUAUACGUUCACACACCAACUACUGCAUGAAGCGGUCCGUUGCUGCUGAGCUUGAUCUUGACGAGGCUGGUGAGUAUUUGGUUCUUGUCAAGAUCACUGCCAAGCGUGACUUUACCGCACUGCCAGCCCACACUGUUAUCCGCGACAAUGCGAAAGAUCGCCGAGAUAAGCUUCUUCGCAUUGGCCUUGCCUACGAUCUGGCGCAUGCUAAGGGUCAUGUGGAAGAAUCCGAAGAAGACAAAAAGUCCCGGGAGAAGGCAGAAGCUAGGGCUAAAGCCAAGGAGCGCAAAGAAAUCAAGGAUAAGCUGACGGAAAAGAAGAAAAAGAAAAAUCGCAGCGAAGCUAAGACUGCGAAAAGAGAGAGGGCUCGCCAGAACAAGGCUAAAGCUAGAGCGGAGGCGAGAGAAAAGAAGGAAGCCGACAAGAAGAAGCUAGAAGGAGAAGCUAAGAAGCCUGAAGAAGAAGCAGCAGCAGAGACGGGUGCAGAAAAGGCAGAGUCUGAGAAAGCUGAUACAGAUAUGGCAGACACAGAGAAAACAGACACGGAGAAAUCAGGCUCUGAGAAAGCAAUUUCUGAGAAUGCAGAUGCAGAGAAGCGUUCAGAGGAGAAGCCGGAGGCGAAGGCAUUAAAGAAUAAGGAGCCAGCCGCUGAAGGUGCCGAUUCAACACACAGCCAAACGCCAGCUUCUAGUAGCACCCGUCAAGCUAUUACAGAAGCCGCACUAGAUCAGUUAGCUGCCGCCACGGGCGAUAGUUCUCGUUCUGCCCGUUCAACUGGCAAGAAUGCUGAUCGCGGAAUCUCCCCACUCAACCAUGCUAGAUCCGCCCCCCGUGACAAACUCAACAGACGUGAAGCUCCGAUCUACGACUCAGAUGACAGUGACACGGAUAGUUGUGUGAGCUCGGUGAGCGACUCGACCAUAGAUGCAGAGAUUGAGAAGGCAAAAUUGCCAACGCCCGUGACGAAGGAAGAGAAAAAAGAUAAGAAAGCCGCCGAUGACGAGAGUGAAGACGAGUUUGAGAAGGAUCCGUGGAAUGCGGUUGCGGUUGUCGGAUUGAGGGUUUAUGCUAAAGCUAAAGAGGUUGAGAAGGAAGAUGAAGUGGAAGUGGGAGGUUCGGCAGGCUCCGAAGAGGUCAAGGUGGACAGUGGCAAGAAAGAGGUGGCAGCUGUAAAGUUAGAAGAUAAAGCGAAAGGGGACGAAGAGAAGGUUGAAGGACCAGCAGAAUUGACUCAGAAGACAGAAUCAGCCACAAAGGAUGCUGAGGAUGCUUCAGGUAAGACGAAAGAAGAGAAACUAGAAACGACAGAAAUAGUCACGGAAGACAAACCACAGGAGACAGCUAGCAAGACUGAGGCCAAAGAGGAAGAUCCUCAAGAGUUGGAAGUCAGCAUUCGGGUCAUCAGACCUCGGACUUGGGAAGAUGGCGAGGCGAGUUUGGAUGUCGACGAUAGUGCCAUGGAUGCAACCAAAAACUUGGCUGAGGAAAGUGAUAAUGAAGACGGCAACAAGAAAGUCGUCAUUGGGAUGAAAGGCAGCUUGGGAGCCGUGAGUAAUUAACGAAAUUGGAAUUCAAAUGGCCUUGAACACGAAUGAUGGGUAUACGAUGGAAACGAGGGAAAUGAAUGGGCUAUUGGAAUUUGGGACCCUGGAGGACCUCUACUCACUAUGAUACGUUACAGA